CUCCUUCGUUGCCCUUCCGAGCCGGCGGCAGGACAGGCAGCGCGUGGGCGGUGCUGGCAGCCGCUGAUUGGCUCGUCCCGAGCGCCGGUGGCGGAAACGGCCUCCGAGGCGAUAGUUCCUCCUCCUCGUCGUCGCUGCGGCCACCUCCGCCGCCGUGCUGAGGAGAUGCGGCGACCGGGCGGCCUCGGUGGAUUCCCGCUCGUGGUUUUCCCUCGCCGACAACUGCCGUCGCUGUCGCUCUUCUUGCUGCUGUGCGGCUCGGGCCUGGCAAGGGAAGCCGAGGCGGGCGCUGUCACUUGCGGCUCGGUGCUGAAGCUGCUCAACACCCGGCAUAACGUCCGGCUGCACUCGCACGAGGUCAAGUACGGAUCCGGAAGUGGUCAACAGUCAGUGACUGGAGUUGAAGCUUCUGAUGAUGCUAACAGCUAUUGGCGGAUCAGAGGCAAAACUGAUGGGUCCUGCUACCGAGGAGUGCCUAUAAAGUGUGGGCAAGCAGUACGCCUUACCCAUGUUAAUACAGGGAAAAACUUGCACACCCACCACUUCCCAUCACCACUCUCCAACAAUCAGGAAGUAAGCGCCUUUGGUGAUGAUGGAGAAGGAGAUGACUUAGAUGUGUGGACAGUGCAGUGCAGCGGGACAUACUGGGAGCGGGACGACGCAGUGCGUUUCAAGCACAUAGGAACAGAUGUGUUCCUUUCAGUCACAGGCGAACAGUACGGUCACCCAAUCAGGGGCCAACGGGAAGUUCAUGGCAUACAUUCUCCUAAUCAUCACAACUACUGGAAGGCAAUGGAAGGUGUUUUCAUUAAGCCCAGCUUGGACUCUACAAAGCACGAUGAGCUCUGAAUGUGUGAUGGACUUUUUAUGUAGAAUUCACCAAAGUAUAUGAGCUGGUUCCUUUCUGUAAAUACCACUCUUAAUCACCAUCUUCUUUAAGACGUUGGCAUUGGGAUACAUUUGCAGGUCAAUGUUUUCAUGAGUAACUGCACUCCAGGGAAAUAAAUAAAUAAAUUCAGACUGACAAGAAGUUAGAUUGACUGUUGGGCUACCAUUCAUUUUCAAAAGUCAUUUCCUUUUCUUAUCUCAUUUGUUCCUUUUCCUUAACUAAGAAAACGGUGAAUUGCAGUGUAAACAAUCUAAUCCAAAGUGCAAUAAAACUUAAAUUUUGUAAUUCUU